GCUCUGUUUUGCUGUCAUCGGUUUCUUAUCAAAACAAUCUGAGACGAUUUAAAAAAAAGCGAAUGGUAAACAUACUAUUGCAUUGAAUCUGUUGAGUGAUUCUAGCAAACAGAAAAUUAAAAUAGUUUUUUACAUAAGAAAAUUAAAUUUCCGUUAAGAAAAAACUGCGUCCAGGAUGACGGACGAUGUGAAGAGGUUCUUUCACAACAUCCGGAAACGUGUGUCCGGCCUGAACUGCAUCAUCAUCACAGAUCGGGACGGUGUGCCGCUGAUGAAGGUCGGUGACGACAAAUCGCUCGGCAUGAUUAUGAAACCGUCGUUCCACACCACGUUCACGAUGGCGACGGAGCAAUCGAACAAGCUGGGACUCGGCCGAAAUCGGAACAUCAUUUCCAUCUACACCGGUUACCAGGUGGUGCAGAUGAACAAGCUACCGCUGCUGGUUACCUUCAUCGGUACGGAAAGCUGCAACAUCGGUCACAUUUUGGCACUGGACCAACAGAUCGAGCUGGUGCUGGAUGAGGUGAAGGUGGCCGUCACAGAAACGUGAACAUUGUGCAAGAUGCUUAAAUUAAUUUUUGCAAUCAGUGGUUUGCUUUGGAGAGCGUGGUAGUGUGGGACCACUAACGGACCGCUCUAUUGUUUACCAAUUUACAUUUAUUCUCGCAAUGUUGUAAAAUCUAUAAAAAAGGAAAAGAUCAUGCCGCGUUUGUGCGUAGGGAUGAAUGUGAAUGCGAUACAGUAAUACAAUAUAUAUCUAUAUAUCUAUAUAAA